AUGGCUGUGUCGUUCCUUAGCAUCUCUGAGGAAGAGACUCAGGCCCACAGCUCCGCCUUGCCGAGUCCAAGUUUGGCCAUGGACUCUGAGUAUGAGGUCGGCCAUGUCCGCAAGCUCCAGGCUCAGCAUGCGCAGAUGCAGGAGAAGACCUUCACCAACUGGAUCAACAACAUCUUCCGACUGGGCCGGGCGGGUAUCAGGAUCCAGAACCUGUAUGCAGAUCUUGCUGACGGUGCCCACCUCCUGCGGCUCUUGGAGCUUAUUUCUGGGGAGGCCCUGCCAGCGCCCAGCCCAGGCCACCUGCGUGUGCACUUUCUGGAAAACAACAGCCAUGCACUGGCUUUUCUCAGGGCCAAGGUACCCAUAGCCUUCAUCGGGCCAGAGAACAUUGUGGAUGGAGACCAGUCGCUCAUCCUGGGACUCCUCUGGGUCAUCAUUCUGCGUUUCCAGAUUUCCCACAUCUCCCUGGACAGGGAGGAGUUCGGGGCCAGUGCAGCUUUGCUGUCUGCUAAGGAAGCCCUGCUGGCUUGGUGCCAGCGGAAGACAGCCAGCUACACCAAUGUCAACAUCACCGACUUCUCCCGCAGCUGGAGCGAUGGGCUUGGCUUUAAUGCCCUCCUCCACGCGCACAGGCCAGACCUGCUGGAUUAUGGCUCAUUGAGCCGGCAGCACCCUCUGCACAACCUCUCCUCUGCCUUCCGAGUGGCUGAGCAGGAGCUAGGCAUCGCCCAGCUGCUGGCCCCUGAGGACGUGGCCUCCCUGCAUCCAGAUGAGCGCUCCAUCAUGACCUAUGUGUCCUUGUUCUACCACUGCUUCUCACGCCUGCGCCAGGGGCAGAUGGCCCAGAGGAGGCUGGCUAAGAUCCUGCUGCAGCUCCAGGAGACAGAGGCACUGCAGGCACAAUAUGCGCAGCUGAUGGCUGACCUGCUCCGCUGGAUUGGAGAGAAGCAGAUGCAGCUGGAGGCUCGGGACUUCCCAGACUCGCUGCCUGCCAUGCGCCAGCUACUGGCAGCUUUUGCCUCCUUCCAUGCCCAGGAAAAGCCACCUCGGCUGCAGCAGCGAGGAGCCAUAGAGGCCCUGCUCUUCCAGCUGCAGACAACACUCCGAGGCCAAAACCGAAGGCGGUUCCUACCCGGAGAGGGCCUGGGCCCUGCAGAACUGGCCCAGCGCUGGGCAGAACUAGAGAGGGCGGAGACCUCCAGGAGCCAGGCCAUGCAGCACAGGCUUCUCCAGCUAGAGCGACUGGAUACUCUGGCCCGCCACUUCCGGCACAAGGCAGCCCUCCGGGAAAGCUUUUUAAACGAGGCAGAGCAGAUGCUAGCGCAGGCCAGAGACUCCCUCAUCAACCCAACCACAGGGGAGGCAGCCACCCAGAAGCUGAGCAUGUUAGAGGCUAGCAUCCUGCCCCAGGAGGGGCGCUUCCAGGCCUUGGGCGAGAUUGCAGCCAUCCUGCAGCAGGAACAGUAUCACAACUGGGCAGAUGUAGCCUGCAGGCAGAAGGAGAUCACCCAGCGCUGGCAGAAGCUCCUGCAGUGUCUACAGGAGCAGAAGAAGCAGAUGGCAGGCACACAAGCUGUGCUGAGCCUUCUGCAGGAGGUGGAGGCUACCACAGACCAGCUUGGGGAGCUGCAGGUGCUGGCCAGCUUCACAGCCUGUGGGCCACAGCUGGAAGAAGUGGCCUUGCUGCUGCAGAGGCAUGACCUGCUGGAGGUCCAGGUCUCAGCCCACAGAAGCCAAGUAAACCGCCUUGCCCAGCAGACGUCCCAGCUGGACUCCUCCCAGGGCACCGGUGUGCAGAUGCUGCAGGCUAAAGCCCUGGCACUGGUGGAGCUUCACCACAACCUCGUGUCCGUUGUCAGAGCCCGACGCACCCGGCUGGAACAGACCCUGCAGCUGGCACAGCUCCUGCACAGCUGUGAGGAGGAGGAGGCCUGGUUGAGGGAGCGCAGACAGCUAAUGGAGAAGGCAGCCCUGGGCCGGGACCUCGCUCAGAUCUCUACUGCUCUGCAGAAACACAAGGCUCUGGAAACCGAACUCCAUCGCCACCAGUCUGUGUGUGCAGAUCUCAUGCAGAGGGGUCGCAACCUCAGUGUCAGAGGGCCCCCAACACAGCCAGAUCCUCUGGAAAGGGUCGAAGCCGUGCAGGCAACAUGGCAGCUACUCUGGACUGAAGCCGCAAGGAGGCGCGCCAGGCUGCAAAGUGCACUGUUGGUUGGGCAGUACUUUUCUGACUCAGCCAAAGCAGCUUCUUGGCUUCUCCUGCGGCAGAAGCAACUGGAAAGCGCAUCCUGCGGGAAGGACCAGGCAGAGGCCGAGGCCCUGCUGCAGCGCCACCGGCUCCUGGAACGAGGCGUGCGCGCCUUCCGGGCGGAGCUGCGCGAGCUACAGGAUCAGGCGAGGGCUGCCGCAGCCCAGGUAUCACUCAAGGAGGAACCUUCAGAAGACUGGAAAAGGCUUGAUGGAGACACAGCUGGAGAACCUCAUGGUGGGACCCAGGUUCUAGCAGCAGCAGGCAGCCAGCAUUCACACCAACAGAUGCCCUUCUCCACCAGAGAAGAGGCACUGAAUACCUGGGAGCUGAAAGACUUGGGGAGCAGCCAGAGCAGGAUGCCCACCAUUCGCAGCAUAGAGCAGAAACCCCAGGUGGCGUCUGCCCUGUGCCUUCCAGGGGACGGCCCAAGGAUGGCUCUUCAGACUGAAUGUGACUUCGAUGUAGACUCCACCACCAUACUGCAGGCACAGGCUCACUUGAGCCAGAUCUAUGAGAACCUACUGGCCCUGGCAAAGCUUCACAGGGCCCGGCUAGAGGAGGCAGCAGCUCUGUUUCGCUUCUACAGCUCCUGUAGGGAGCUCCAGUCCUGGCUGGAGGAGCAGACAUCCCUGUUCCGAACACUGCAGCCCAAGGAUGACAACUUAGAGGUCACACAGCUCAAGUGUGAGAACUUUCUCAUGGCCUUGGCCAUUGGAAAAGGCCACUGGGCUGAGGUCGUCAACACCGCUGAACAGCUGAAGCAGAGAUGUCCAGAACAUACCUCAAAAAUUCAACAACAGGAGGAGGACCUGAACCAGAGGUGGCAGCAGCUAGAGGCCCUGAAGGAGGAGAAAGGCCUGCAGCUCACACGCAGCAUGGAGGUACACCAUCUUCUACAGCAGUCUGAACCCACACGCGCCCAGCUGCUAAAUGUGAUGGGCAGGCUGGAGGCUCUGGGGCCGGGAGGCUCUGAGGACAGUCACCGUACCCUGCAGCAGAUUCAGCAGAAGGUCCUGGUACUGGAGAACAGGAUCUCCUACCUCCAAAGAGCAGCCAUCGAGGCGAAGGAGUCAGGCCUCAGAGAGGGCCGGCUGCUUCAGGAGCAGGUGCUGAUGCUGCAGACUCUGCUAAAGCAAGUGCAAGGGCAAGUGGUCCAGCAGGUCCAAAUCCAGACUGAGGCUCGGGUCCAGCAAGGCGUCCUACAAGAGAGCCACAAGCUGCUGCUUUGGGCUGAGGGCAUCUGGGCUCAACUGUGCAGCAAAGAGGAGCUGGAGGAUAUGGCCUCAGCCCAGGAGCUGCUGAGGAAGCUUGGAGGCCUACAGGAGGAGACCUGCCUGUGGCAAGAGAGGCUGCGGCAGCUGGAGGCUCAGGCCCAACUGGUGGCAAUCUCAGACUCCCCACCGUCCCAAGAGGUGGCCAGUGCCCUAAGGCUCCUAGGUCAGCAGGGCCAACAGCUGAAGGCCCUAUGGGGCCAGAGGGAGCAGGAACUUCUGGACAGGCUGGAGCUGCAGAGGUUUGGCCAAGAAGUGGAUAGUUUCGUUGCCAUCUGUACCAGCCAUGAGGCCUUCCUCCACCAGGACAAUCUUGGGGAGGAUCUAAGGGAGGCCCAGAGCCUGCUGCAGCAGCACCAGGGUUUUGGGUGGCUCCGGAGCACCCUGGGAUCUCGGGCUGAGGCCCUGCAGGCAUGUGCUGAGAAGCUGCUUCUGAGCCAACACCCUGCUGAGCCCAAGAUCAGAGAGCUGCUGCACAGUGCCCAGGAACAGUGGGCCAGGGUCCAGGAGAGGAAUGACCAGAGAAGGGAGCAGCUUCUGGCUUCCCUCCGAGUGCACGAGUGGAAGCAGGCUGUGGCAGAGUUAAUGCUGUGGAUGGAGGAGAAGUGGCCCAUGGUGGCCGAUGAACCCUCCGAAGCAUGCAGCAGUAUUUGUCAGAAACUCAAGUGGCACAAAAUAGCUAAGAGUGAGCUAUUAGCUACCCGUGGGUACAUGGAGGACCUACAGCAGGCUGGGAGAAAGCUGUUGCAUAGCCACCCCCAUGCCCAGGAGGACAUACAGAACAGACUCCAGGACCUGAAUCACAAGUGGGAAGAGCUGGACCACAGGGUGGCAGAGCGAGGAGACAGGCUGCAGCAGACCAGACAGCAGGGGCAGCUCCUAGAGCUACUGCAGGAUGUCAGAGCGAUGUUGGAGCAUCUGGAGGAAGCCCUGCAGAGUGCAGAAAUGGGACAGGACCUGCAUUCCAGCGUGAAGCUGCAGAAACAGCACUGUCAGCUGGAGGAUAAAAGUCAGGCACUGGGCAGCAAGAUGGCUGCCCUCAUCUCUCAGACCCACAACACCUUCACUUCCCUGAUCAUCCUGGAGGAGAGCCAGAAGUGUCACCAGAGGUUCAAGUCCCUGCAGAGCAAGCUGGCCACCCGGCACAUACAACUGCAGGCCUCAGUUGAACAAUACCAAUUUAACUGCCUUAGCAACCUGGAACUCACAUGGGUGGCUGAGCAUAUGCCCAGUUCCAGUCCUGCCUGCCCUGCCCACUGCUGGCAUGAUGCCCAGAGCCUUCAACGUAAGCACAAGAUGCUCCAGGCUGAGCUGAAAGCUCACGUGGGCCGCAUGCAUGAGGUACUAAGUUCUGGUCAGAGUCUAGUCAUGUCCGGACACCCCCAAGCUCAGCACAUUGUGGAGCAGUGCCAGAAGCUAGAAGGCCACUGGGCAGACCUGGAGCAGGCAUGUGAGGCACGUGCCCAUUGCUUGCAGCAGGCCGUCACCAUCCAGCAGUGCUUUCUGAGUGUGUCUGAAAUAAAGACCUGGGUGGAGGAGAAGUGGCCUCUGGCAAGCAGUCAGGAGUAUGGCAGUGAUGAAGCAUCUACCUUUGGGCUCAUUAGGAAACACCAGAUGCUGCAGCGGGAACUAGCUCUUUAUUGGAGCUCCACGGAGGAUCUUGAGCAGAGAUUCCAGACCCUCUGUGGACUUGAUGCCACUGAGCAUCUGGGUACGGUACGGGAGCAAUUGCAGGCACUGCAGAAGCUGGCAGAUGCAAGGGGCCAGGAGCUGGAGGGGACCCUGAAGCUGCAUGAAUUCAUGAGAGAAGCCGAGGACCUGCAGAGAUGGCUGACCAGCUGGAAACAAGUGGCCAGCGGAGGGGACAACUUUGGAGAAGACUAUGAGCGUGCGCUGCAACUCUGCACUAAGUUCGCCAAGUUUCAGAACCAAAUUGAAACUGGUGCCCAGCGAGUAGAAGCCUGCCAGCAGCUGGCAGAAAGCCUUCUUGAGUGUGGGCACAGCGCUGCACCCAAGGCCCACCAGAGGCAGCAGGAUCUACGGGCUGCCUGGUCUGAACUGUGGCAGUCAACCCGUGCCCAAAGCCGCCUGCUCCAUGACGCAGAGACUGCCCUUAGAGUCCACAGAGACCUUCUAGAAGUCCUUACUCAGAUCCAGGAGAAAACGAGAAGCCUCCCUAAUGAUGUGGCCCAGGACCUACGUGGGGUAGAGAACCAGCUGCAGAGACAUGAGGGGCUGGCACGUGAGCUGGCAGGCAUGGAACAGCAGCUGCAGGAACUGCUGAAGGCUGGAGGCAGGGUGCAGAAGCUGUGUCCAGGUCCUCAGGCCCUGGCCACUGUCCAGAAGAAGCAGCAAGCUGUCACUCAAGCCUGGAAGACCCUACAGUUGCGUGUGGAGCAGCACAGGGCCCAGCUGGAGCGAGCACACCUCCUGGUCCGAUUCCACACAGCGGUGAGGGACUACACCUCCUGGGUGGCCAGCAUGCAUCAGGAGCUGCAGGUGGAGGAGGGUUCCUGGGAACCCAGCAGUAACCUGCUCAGGCUCAGAGCUCACCAAUGGCUGCGGGCAGAACUGGAAGCCAGGGAAGAGCUGCAGCAGCAGGCCGCUAAGCUGGGCCAGCAAGUGCUUCUGGCCACAGGGGCACCCACUAAGGAGGUCCAGGAUAGGCUUCAAGCCCUACAGGAGGAACGUGACCAGGUGUUCAAGGCCUGGACACUCAAGCAAGAGAAGCUGCAGGCCAUGCUUCAAGAGCAGCGUCUCCUCAGACAGUGUGAGCACCUGGCAAAGACCCUCACGGGCCAGGAGGCAGUCCUAAAAGCCGGCACCCUGGGGAGCUCGGUGGAAGAAGUGGAGCAGUUGAUCAGCAAGCACGUGGUCUUCCAGAAAGUGCUGGCUCUCCAGGACACGAAGGAAGCAGCUCUGUGUGAGCAAUUGAAGACUGUCCCGAGCCCUGAGGGGCAGAAGCUGCUUUGCCUCGUGCUGGAGCACCGGGCGCGAGUGAAGGAGCUGGCAGCGAGCCGGGGCCAGGCCCUCCACACCUCCCUGAUGAUGGCCAACUUCACCAGGGCAGCAGCUCAGGUUGAGGACUGGAUGCAGGAGAGGGUCCAGCAGCUGAGAGCCUGGAGCCCUCUUGGAAACCUAAAAGAUUAUCUGAAACACCUGCAGAAACACCAGGUUUUCAAGGCUGAGGUCCAGGCCCAUGAGCAGGUCAUGACCACUGUUGCCAAGCAAGGCGAAGAGCUCCUCAGACAGUGCCACCCUCGGACUGGAGAGGUCUCCCCGAAGCUGAAGGCCCUGUGGGAGCUCUGGGAGAAGUUGAGGCAGGCAGUGACCCUGCGGGGCCAGGCCCUGGAGGACAGAUGCAGCUUCCUGGAAUUCCUGCAGAGAGUUGACCUCUCAGAGGCCUGGAUCCAGGAGAAGGAGAGGAUGGUGAACAGCAGUGAUGUGGGCCUGAACCGUGAGCACUGCCUGCAGCUCUGCAGACGGGUCCGCAAAUUACAGGUGAGAGGCUCGAGUAUAGGUGUCACAGUGGAUGACACCUACAUCAGGAGAAUCAAAAACUUGUCACUGCAGCUCAAGAACCAGAGCCCCAAGGAAUCUGAGACCAUCUGCCAGCGGCAAAGCCAGCUCAACGAUAGGUGGAAGACUUUCCAUGACAACCUGCUCCUGUAUCAGCAGCGGCUUGAAGCAGCCCUGGAGAUGCAUACAUUGUCCAGUGAACUGGAUGACGUCACUGAGCAGAUCAGGGAAAAGGAAGCCCUGAUCCAGGCCCUGGAGAGUACAGAAGAUUUGGAGAAUGUACAGAGGCUGUCAUGGAAACGGGAAAUGCUGCAGCAGGGGAUGGGCCUCAUCCAGACUCAGGUGGAGUCUCUGGAGGGUAAGGUUGACCGCCUCUGCAAGAGCAGUCCUGAGGUUGCCAAAGGCCUCAGUCAUAAGCGACAAGAAAUGAUGGACAGCUGGCGGAAGGUCUGGAGCAGGGCCCAGAACAGGAGGGCGUCACUAGAUGUGGGCCACAAAGCCUGGAAGCUCCAGAUGCUGCUGUGGGAUCUGCAGGACUGGACACAGGGACUGAAGGCUGCAAUGGGCAUGGGGGGCACCCCCUGCAGCCCCGAGAGAGCCCAGUACAUGCUGCAAGAGCACCGGGCAUACAAGGUUGAGCUGGAUAUCCGAACAGCCAGCCUUAGCCUGGCCCGAAGCAUGGAGCAGCAACUGCUUGCGUCUGGAUACCAACUGGCCUCUGCGGUUCGUCAGCCCCUGGCUGCGGCCGAGCAGGAGUUGAGUAGCUUAGAAGAAUCAUGGCAGAGGCGGCAGCAGCAGCUCCAACAAGCCCUGGAGCAGCAGCUACUUCUGAGCUCUGUGGAAAAGGUGGAACACUGGCUCGACAGCGAGGAGUCCUCUCUAGCUAGUGAGGAACUUCAGGACCCCUUGGCUGCCAUGGAAACCCUUCUGUUAAAGCACAAGAGGCGCAAACAGAACCUGAAGGCAAGGGCUGAAGAUAUCAGUGCGCUGGAGGCCACAGCCCACAACUUGCACCAGAGUGGACACCCUGAGGCCCGCAGCAUCCUGGCUAGGUGCCAGGGCCUACUCCUGAGGAAAGAGGCACUCACAGAGCGAGCAAGGGUGUGGGGUCGCCAGCUGGAGGAGCUGCGGCAGCUUCGGACUUUCUUACAGGAUUCCAAUGAGGUUGCUACGUGGCUGAGGGAGAAGAACCUGGUGGCUCUGGACAAGGGCCAGCAGGACCCAACCAUGAUGCAAACACAGUUGCAGAAGCAGCAGCAUUUCCAGGCUGUGCUGGAUGCCAGUGUUCACCAGCAACGGGAGCUGCAGAUGGAGGGGCAGAAGCUGCUACAAGGAGGCCACCGAGCCUCAGAGACCAUCCGGGAGAGGCUGCAAGAACUAGGGGGCCUCUGGGCUGAGCUGCAGGCCAACUGCCAGAAGAAGAUGGCCAGACUACAGGGGGCCCGCAAGGCUCUGCAUCUGCAGAAGAUGCUGGAGAAACUGGAGAGCUGGCUAGAGACCAUGGAAGCAGAGCUGGGAGACCCCGUCAAAAGCCAGGACCUACUUAGGGUGGGCGAGCUCCGGGGGGUGCAGAGGGAGCUGGAAGCAGCUAUCGCUAGUCAGACCAGGCAAGUGCAGGAGCUGCAGGGCCAAGCCCAAGCCUGCUUUCAGGAAGGCCACUGCCUCACCAAAGGUGUGGAAGAGCGAGCCCAGAAGCUGCUUCAGAGGCUCCUGAGCCUUCAGGAGUCCCUACAAGAGCGCAGGGCGGUCCUGGAAGCCCAGAGCCUACUCUUACAGUUCUUCAGGGAUGCUGAUGAGGAAAUGGCCUGGCUUCAGGAGAAGCUGCCCUCUGCCACAGCCCAGGACUGUGGCCAGAGCCUGAGCACCGUACGGCACCUGCAGGAGAAACACCAGAAUCUAGAGAAUGAAAUCGGUAGCCACAUAGCUCUGAGCCAGGUGGUGGUGGGUACGGGUCACAAGCUUGUGCAGGCUGGACACUUUGCUGCAGAAGAGGUGGCUGCCCGGGUGCAGCAGCUGGAGGUGGCUCUAGAUCACCUUCAGACAGAGGCGGCACGGAGGAGGAGGAUGCUGCAGCAGGCUCUGGAAACCCAGCAGAUUUUGAUGGAGCUCCUGGAGGCGGGAUCCUGGCUAGCUGAACGGGGCCAUAUUCUGGACAGUGAGGACCUGGGCCAGGAUGCUGAGGCAACACUGGUUCUUCUGCGGCGUCUGGAGGCCACCCUAAGAGAUUUGGAGGGGUUCGGCAGUCGCACUGAGCAGCUACAACACACAGUGGCCCUCCUGGAGAGUGGGCAGCACCUGGGCAGUCCCAGGGUGCUGUCCCAGCUGCAGGCUGUGAGGGAGGCGCAUGCACAGCUGCUGCAGAGGGCGGAGGGCAGGGGGCAGGCACUGCGUGAGCAAUUACGCCUGCACCAGCUGGAGCGAGAGGCCCAGCUCCUGGACGCCUGGCUGACCACCAAGGUGGCUGCUGCCGAGUCCCAGGACUAUGGACAGGACCUAGAAGACAUCGAGGCGAUGGAAGCCACGUUUGGUGCUUUCAGCAGAGAAGUCCAGAGCCUGGGCCAGGCCAAGGUGCAGACCCUGAGAGAGCUGAUGGCCUCCCUGGAAAGAGAAGCACCCAGGUUCUUCCCCCAGAUCCAAGCCCAGAAGUUUCACAUCCAGGCCACCUGGGAGAGGCUGAACAAGGCAAUCGAAGCCCGUAGAGAGAACCUGACUGCAGCCCGUGAGCGCCAGAGCUUUGAGCAGACCGUCUCAGCGCUCCAAGGCUGGCUGCAGGAGAAGACUACCCUGCUGGAGGGAGAGUUCCCCGGCCACAGCCUGUCACCUGCACAGCUCCUGCAGCAGCAUAGGUGUCUGCAGAGAGAACUGACAGCUAUUGAGAAAGAGGUGACCAGAGUGCAGAUGGAGGCCCAUUGCCUGGGCCAGCGCUACCCUGUGGCUCAGGAGGGUCUGGCUGAGUGGCUCACCAAGGUGCAGGGGGCCUGGGCCAAGCUGGAGGCCAAAGCCCAGGAAUGGAGUCAGAAGCUGUUGCAGGCCACGCAGGGCCACAUCUUUCUUGGGCGCUGUCGGGAAUUGCUAGCAUGGUCUCAGGAGCUGCUUUCCUCGGAGGAGCUGGCUAGGGAUGUGGUGGAGGCUCAGCAGCUCCUUGAGCAGCACGAGGAGCUGGACCAAGAAAUCCAGGAGUGCUGCCGUCAAGCCCAGAGCGCACAGCAGGAAGGGCAGCAGCUGCUGGACGACAGCCUCUUCGUGUCCCCGGAGGUGGCAGAGUGUCUGCAGGAGCUGGACAGACACCUGCAGGAGCUUCAGGCCGCACAGGCCCUGCGUGGGCAGCGCCUUGAGCAGAGCCAGGGCCUGCGGGAGCUGGGACAGAAGCUGGAGCUGGCGGAGGCCUGGCUGGCUUCCCAGGAAGGCCUGCUGCUGGACCCCAGCUAUGGGCGCUCAGUGACAGAUGUGGAACAUCUGCUCAGCAGACACGAGGGCCUGGAAAAGCUGCUGGUGGCCCAAGAGGAGACGUUCACCCAGCUUCAGACAAUGGCACAGGAGGCAAAGGGCACUCCUGUCAUGGAGUCUGUGGAACUUAAACAGCAGCCUCCUGCAGAGGGCAGGCAGCCCAGUGCAGGCUUCUCAAACAAUAGCCAUGGGACGCUGACAAGCAGGGCCCUGAGCCUGUUCCCGGAUAGGAGGAAGGCAACCGAAGUACCUGGUGGCACUGGGGAGCUGGCUUACGUAGCCCCCCUUGUGCCUGAGUGUGAAACCAGAGGACAGGAAGCAUAGUUUCUCCCCAAGGCCUGAGCCUUGAAAUGAAUGCUUAGGCAACAGUGAAGACACAUCCUGGG